GGGAAAAACGCAUCAAAUCAAUCCACCAGUUUCUCCCACGAAGCAGGCCUAAAUUGAGUGCUUUAAUACAAAAAAACACACUUGCUGUCCCUUUUCUUUUAUUAUUAUUACUAUUCUUCAUCCCUUCUUUACCUUCCAUCCAUCCCAUUACCCCCACUCUCUGCAACAUCUUUCUCUCUCCUCAAUCCUCUUCUUUCCGUCUACAACAGGCUAAACAAAUGGAGUACUGCAUGGAAGCUAGGGCUCUGAAGUCGAGUUUGUUGUCCCAGGUGGCCAUGAAAUCAAGCACUCAACAAGUUUUUAUUGCUGAUGAUGACGUUUGGUGUGUCACGGGACUUAACAACGUUACUUGUGACGAUUUCUCUGUUGAUGAUCUUCUUGAUUUCUCCGACAAGGAUUUCAAGGAAACUUUUGAGGAGAAACACUCGUCUGUUUCUGUUGAUGAUGAUAAUAAUUCUUCUAACUCGGCCAAUUCUCCGACUUCCGCUGACUUUGCCGGCCAACUCACUGUUCCGGUUGAUGAAAAGGAGAAUCUGGAGUGGUUAUCUCAAUUUGUCGAUGAUUCUGUUUCCGGGGUGUCUCUGUUGUGCUCCGCCGGCGGCCACCGGUCUGAACAGGACCGGAAGAGAUUCACGGUUCUGGACUUGCCGAACCCGGUUCAUAAAAAACCGAGGACUAAACGGUUCAGGACAAUUGGCAAAGCAUGGUCCCAUGGACUACUUUUCCUCACCAUGUCGUUUUCAACUUCCAUGUGUUCUUAUCAGGAUUCAACACCUUCGUAUCCGGUCCAAGUCAUGGACUCAUUCGGUUCUGUUCAAAAACCGCCGGCCAAGAAACCAAGAAAAGUCACAGCUGGCGAGAGUAGUUUCAGUGGGCCCCAGACGUUUCGAAGAUGUAGUCAUUGUCUUGUUCAAAAGACCCCACAGUGGAGGACCGGUCCGCUGGGUCCAAAAACACUUUGUAAUGCUUGUGGUGUGCGGUUCAAGUCCGGUCGGCUCUUCCCGGAGUACAGACCCGCCUGUAGUCCCACUUUCUCCGGCGAUGUUCACUCCAACAGUCACCGGAAGGUGUUGGAAAUGCGCCGGAAAAAGGAGACGGUGGAAAAAGUGGAGACCCGGUUCAUGCCCAUGGUUCGUAGUUUUUAAGUAGUUAGUUAGAGUUAGAUGGCAGACCGGUUUAGUGCUUGAUCCUUCCAGGUUUAAUGUGUACAAUUUUGGUGUUUCUGUUGGCAGGUUUCAAAGUCUUGGCUAUGUAACUUAGGUCAGGGAGGUUAAUCUAGGAUUAAGUUUGCAUUAAUCUCUAGGGUUUCUAAAUAUUUAUAUUUAAAAAUAUUUAUAUUUAAAUGAAGGUAGUUUUAUAUAUAAA